CAUCAGUAGCGUUACAACCGUCGGCAAACGAACAAGCCCUCCCCGAAGGGGCUCAUACUUUGCCGUUUCGAAGUGAAAUCGUAAUCCGUUGAAGCUAUCUGGUGCAAAAGCGGAAGAUUGUGUUUGUUGACGAGUUUUCCGCGGGCAACGAUGGAUGAUGGAUUUAUCGUUUGAUGCCACCGGAAUGAUGGAAUGUAGAAAUGCGAUCGUUGUGUAGUUUAUUACAAAUUCGUUUAAUGUGCCAGCGUGUCAGGAGUGCAUGUGUUUGCGGUUGGAAUUUAAAUAACGAAUUUUCGGUGUCUGAAUUCGAAAUGGUGCAAAUUCCACCAACAUGACGUGAUCAAAAACACAUUCCAGUUGGGAGCUCAGCUUAUACAGUGUGGAAGUGAUGGGAAGCAAACCGUUAAGGUGGAAAUAAAUGUGUGGGAAAAAAGGGUACAAAUUGAGGCAAAGCAAAACCGGAAGCAGGAAAAUAAUUUUGAAGUUUAAAAGGAAGAAACGACUGUGCCGUUUGCAAGCACGCAUAUGUGCAGCUUUGUGUUAAAUGAUCCGAUCCUCUCGUGGGUGUGUUUGUCUAUUGUGCGCUCCAAAAAUAAACCAAUCGAAAACGAUUUUCCGUCCAUGAUUCCGGUUUUCCACGAACCAGGAUGGCAUUUCCACUGGGCAGCCUUUGAAAAGUGGCAAAGUGGUAACCUGUAAGUGUUCGGUUCAAUAGAGAGAUCCUUCCCGGAAAAUGGAAGAAAAUGUCCGGUAAUCCCGUGGCAACCGCACACCGCACCAUCGACCCCGGCCAAUGGAUAAACCGAACGUGCAAGCUUUAUUAAUUAACUAGCGAAAGGAUUACUAAUUAGUGAUUGACAAAGCAAAGCAGAAGAAAAGGGGAAACAGCAAGAAAGCCCCAUCCUAGCUGCAAAACAAACAUCUCCGUGCUGCGAUUGAUUCCGAACCGAAGCUGGACAAGCCAAAAAGCAAUCAUGCAGGCAACGGACGUUACCGCAUAUCACACCGCUUACAACUACACCCUCAAUCAGUCGGACGUACGGAUCGUGUUGGAGGAUGAAAAUCUGUACAAAGUCCCGAUUGGCCUGCUGGUACUGCUGUCCCUGUUUUACGGCACCAUCAGCAUACUGGCGGUGAUAGGCAACUCGCUCGUCAUCUGGAUCGUCCUCACCACCAAGCAGAUGCAGACGAUCACGAACAUGUUCAUCGCCAAUUUGGCGCUGGCCGACGUCACCAUUGGCGUGUUCGCCAUCCCGUUCCAGUUCCAGGCGGCCCUGCUCCAGCGCUGGAAUCUGCCCGAGUUUAUGUGCCCGUUCUGUCCGUUCGUGCAGCUGAUCAGCGUGAACGUGUCGGUCUUCACGCUGACGGCCAUCGCGGUGGAUCGGCACCGGGCCAUCAUUAAUCCGCUCAGAGCUCGGACGUCGAAAAACAUCUCCAAGUUUGUCAUCAGCACCAUCUGGAUGCUGUCGUUUGCGCUGGCCGCACCGAUCCUGUUUGCGCUGCGAGUACGCCCAGUGUCCUACAUUGCGCUCGGCGGCAUGAACGAAACGUACACAAACAUUACCGUCCCGUUCUGUAAGGUGGUCAACUUUGAGCACGGCGAAAUACAGCUCUACCGGUACGUGCUCGUGCUGGUGCAGUACUUUGUGCCGCUGUUCGUCAUCAGCUUCGUUUACAUACAGAUGGCCCUGCGGCUGUGGGGCUCCAAGACGCCCGGCAAUGCGCAGGACUCGCGCGACAUUACGAUGCUGAAGAACAAGAAGAAGGUUAUCAAAAUGCUGAUUAUCGUGGUGGCACUGUUUGGCGUCUGCUGGUUUCCGCUGCAGCUGUACAACAUCCUGCACGUGACGUGGCCGGAAAUCAAUGAAUAUCGCUUUAUCAACAUCAUUUGGUUCGUGUGCGAUUGGCUUGCGAUGAGCAACAGCUGCUACAAUCCGUUUAUCUACGGCAUUUAUAACGAAAAGUUCAAGCGCGAGUUCCGCAAACGCUACCCGUUCAAGCGCGACCUAACGUACAACCACAACCACGAGUCGGACAAAACGUCAUCGAUUUUUACGCGCGUCAGCUCGGUCCGGUCGACGUACGCCACCUCCUCGAUACGGAACAAGCUGAGCACGAACCGGUACUCGGGAUCGAAGCAGCUGCCGGCACAGUUCAAAUUUCCACCCGCCGGGCAUCACUUUCCGCACCACCCCGUGGGCAGUGGCCAUCUGCACGAGCUGUCCUUCGGCGGGCCAAGGAAAGGUGCCGGCGAGGGUUUGAGCGUCACUAGCGGUACCGUUACGACCGCCUUCGGGCAAAACCGGCCCCCCAGCUGGGAGCAACGGAUGGAAGAACCACGGCAGAACGAGCACGACAAGCUGAUCGUAUCUUCAGCUGCCAGCCUAGAUCAGCAGCUAGCGUCACGUCAGCUCACCGAAGACAGUGUCGGUCCGUCCGAUGGCUUCGGAAGCCGGAUAGGAGCGGCCAGAGGGAACGGGUCCGCGCGAGAAUCCACCAGCACCGUCCGGAUGGCGCUGAACCACCCUCACCCGGACAGUGGUGGCGAGAGUGGUGGGGACGGUGAGCCUAAUCGAGCACAUUCGAACGGUACAGCUGACGCCAAGGGAGGUCAUUUGUACUGUAAUGAUUUGGAGCAGCUUGGCCCGUACUUUGACUGAGCGGACUGAGCCAAUUGGAGAGAAAUAGAGAAAGAGAGAGAGAGAAAAGUUACAUUGUAAAAUCGAUCGUUUUAUUGAUACUUUAAGUACAAAACGAGCAAUGUGUAUUAACUGUGAGCUGUUUGCAUUUAAACGAGUUUAAAUAAAGCUAAGAUUCCACACAA